AUCGCUGCUUAAAGAUGGAACUACUGAAUGGGCGAAUUGGAUUGUAGGAAGCCAUAUGAAUGUCACGGAUGAGCGCGACGUAUUUAAUAUGGAACCGACAAAAACCGAUAUCAGAUGCAUCCCUUCACGACCUCCGUAUUGUCGGUCAUCCGGAGUUGGACUGCUUGUGUCGCCGAUUGAUGCCGUGCGCCAUUUUCGUAAUAGCGUCUGACUUCAGUUUAACGUAUCCGCUUGUGGUUCUCAGUAGCAUGCGGCUGUUUUCAGCGUUCGUCGACUGCAGACGGCGAACCAAGACGGCCGUACGUGCACAUGCAAAACUAAAGACGGAUUUGGACUUCCAUGCAGACACCUGCUGCAGUUCGCACAGCUUAACAACGUGGAUGUCAACGAACUGCCGGUCAGCAGACGGUAUACGAGAGCGAAUAAUGGGGCACUUGCCGUUUCAAUCGCGCCGUUGUACGCGUCAAUAAUUGGAAGGCAAGAACCGAACGCCAUUUUGGAUAUGGCGUUGAACGACCUACUUGCACUGUAUCAGCAAUUGCAGCCAGCACACCUCGCUUUGUAUGCCGCUGGACAACGUAGUUUUGUUCAACAAGCCAGCCCGCAAGAUAUAUUUCCGUUUACCCUCCCCCCCCUCCAGUGUACCUGACCAAGGACACAAACGUUCCCGAUUACAAUCAGCUGCCGGAGUCCACCUUUCUGAACUUGGACGCUGCAGCUCUCCAUCUCUCGGCAUUGCCGAAGGGGAUUGUCACGUCGGUCACCGAUAACGCAGUCUUUAGCGAUGAAUGGAUGUGGCAAUUGCAUGCUCGGAUGAAAAAUGCACCAUACUAGCGGUUCUACCUGGUGCACGGCCCACGGCGGCUGUUUACAGUGCAAGGCACGAACACCGGCACGCAACAGCUGUCGAACAAACCAACCAUCCAAGUUUGCAAGAUUUGGUAAUCGAUAAAGAUAUAUGCGCAAUAUUCGGCUUACAAGGUCCGAAUGAAAACGAGG